ACAAGAUCUAAUUGUUUGCCCAACAAUUUGAAUCAAUUAAGGUAAACGACACAUUUUCUUCAUGGGGCCUACAAUGAUCGAAAAACAACAAUAACAGUUAAUACAGCUCUCAGCUUGUUAUUGAUAUUUAUAAUUUCUGGUUGAUGAUUUAACAGACUGAACGAAAUUGCGGGAACUAUAACGAAAAUUAUAAAUGAAUAUUUAGAUAAUGAAGAUGCGUUAUAUUCUGCCUGAAAUCUUCUGCCUGUUCGUGUUUGUUCUGUGUGGAGAUGGAGCUUUAAGGUUGAAUAAUAAUUCUGCAGUUCUAGCUAGGGAAAAGCGUGGAUUGGUAUUUCCUCUAGGAGGAACUUUCAAGUUGGUGAUUGGUUUCGGAACUCCAAUAAAACUCAGCAAAACGAGGACAAUUUCUGUAGGAUGGAAUUUUCAGUGGCAGUAUCCACUUGCAGUUAACACUAGUGUAAUUAAGACUUAUCCUCCGAUAUUGUCCAGAAAGACUAGAGAAGAUUCUGAUGUAAGGAGGAAAGAGAUAUAUGAUGCUUUGGAACAUAUUUUCAUUAGAUAUAACAGUGAUCUCCAAGAUUGUCUAGUCAGAUUCAUCUGUGAGGAAGGUUAUUCAAGUUUUAAACACACUUCUAAUGGCCCUUAUGGAGAACUUCUUCAUAUAAUUUUAUCUCCUGAUGAUGACGAUGAUGGUGAAUUGAAUAACAAAUAUACGGAUGCACGAGAUGCAGGAGUAUUUGGAGCUGAUUGUUACGAAUUAUAUCCAAACUGCGAAGAGGAUUUAUUGCUGCAGAGCUUGUUUUCUUUGGAUUUUACUUGAACCAAUGAAAGGCAUAAAAUGCCCUUUGUGUAUUCAU